CGGCUGUAGCGGUGCGUUCACAGGACUUUUUUCCGGAGUGUUUGAAAGUUGUCAACAGAGGGAAGACGACGACGGAGUAGAAGAAGUAGAGUCAGAGGAGCGGAGAGUCUGAGCGGCUUCACACCGACAGCAGAGCUCAGAGGAGGGAUGGGCUGCACCCACAGCAAGAAGAAAAGCAAAGGCAAGAAGGGAGAGAAGACACAGAAAGACAAGAGCCGCCAAGAUGAAGGAGAUAAACGUGCGUCGGCUGAGCAGGACGUCUGUCUGGAGAAGCAGCUGGAGCGGUUUGAGUGGCAGCUGAGGAUUUUAAAGGAAGUGCUCUCAGCCAACGGGAACCCGGAGAGGGCGGAGCUCCUGAAAGACCACGCCGACGAAGACGUGUGCGCCCUGGUCCUGAGCAUCCUCGAUAAGGUGAAAACAGAGACGACGGCUGAUUUAAACGUCCUGCAUGAGCAGAGAAGUAAAACGGCUACUGAGGAACAUGAGAGACGCGUGGAAGAGCUGCAGAAAAAACACGAACAGGAGAAAAAUCAACUGACAGAAAAGUUUCACGCUGCUGAGAACAUCCUGAAGGGUAAAGUGGAGGAGCUGACGGCGGAGCUUCAGGUUUACAACGAGCUGAAGAGGAGAGUCGAAGAAUCAACGUUCAAGAAGGACCUGCAGAGAAACAUACAGGCUCACGGCAGCCCAGGGGCAUUCUGGGAGUCGGAGCAGGAGUCUCUGCUGUUUGUCAUUGAGAUGAAGAAUGAGCGAGUGCAGGAGCAGAGCAGGAAGCUGCAGCAGAUGGACGAUCUGGUGGAGAAGAAUUUGUCUUUGGAGGAUCAGAUCAUCCACAUCCUGCAGCAGAACGAGGAUCUCAGAGUCCGGAUCGACAACUGCCAGACUCUGAUUCAGCAAUUAUCGAAGGAGCAGCAGGACAUGAAGGUGGCGCUGGAGAGGCAGGUAGCCAUAAACCAGAAUCUUUCUCAGGAAAAAGAGCAGCUGAUGUUCAAACUGAGACACAGAGACUCGUGUCCGACCAUCCACCUGCCGACCAUGGUGCAGGAGAUCGCACCGAGAUGACUCUGAUUACCUGAGCCUCAACGUGGACCCUGUGUGUCCUUGAUGUAGAUAGAAACCAGACUCUGACUGUGAACCUGCCCAUCAUUAUUCUCAAGGUAACAUGCAGGUGACUGGGUGAGAGCUACCAUCAACAGGUAGCGUCACUCUGCUGCUCUGGGUCCAGGUUUAAAGGCUCUAAAGCUGGCAUCCUGUCAAUGAUCCUGGAUCCACAGACCCAUUACAGUCACUGAGGUGUUCUCGCAGCAGAUACAUGAACUCAGAGCCGGAUCCUUUGUGUACAUAUACUGCACUGAGCCAGACAACAGUUUGGACCUCAGAUCAUCCCAGGUAAAGGUGCAGCUCCACUGAUCUGCGGGCAGUUUACCGACAGAUUAUUGUCGCUACAACGGUUUAAAUGUUUUGAAAAGGCUGGAGCUGAUACAACAGAAUGUGACAGAUCAGUGUGGCAGCACCUUAAAAUGCUUGGUCACUCCAGAAACUUAACACGGUUGAGUCAUUUAACAGCUUGUCGGUAGCAGGCUAGCCAGCUUGGCUGCUAACAGAACAAGAGAUGUAUUUGUACCAUCCACUCCUGUCUGAUGACUGACGUCAAUCAUGCUGCAUCUGUUUUGUGGAGCAGUUUAUACUCUACUAGAGCACGGUUAAUACGAUAACUUCCUCCAUGUUGGACUCUGCAAAGUUCACAAAAAACUCCGUGCAGACUGACCUUGCCUCCACAAACAAGUCCACUGCUCACCGCAUUUUUUUCCUGUAUUAAAAAAGCUGGCUUGACCGGGCCUUAGCACCGUAGCUACCUGUCCGCCAAAGUGCCUGAGACCAUAAUAAAACAUCAUGACAUCAACCUGCAGUCCCUGAAACACACUGACUCCACAGCCCUCACUGAAACCAGACUACUGUAUUUUCCCAGGGAAAUGAGUUGUCGGACACUCUGCAUCUUCUCCUGGGUUCAUAGAAUAAGUUCCUCGCUCAGUGGCUCACGGAUGGUAUUUAAGAGGCUGUUCUUGAUCCAGUUUUCCCAUAACUGAAGUUGUAUAGUGCAGCUUUGAGAAGCACUUCAGCUCAGCCAAGAAUUUGUGUGUCACUUCAGGUUGUUGACAGUCCAAACCAAGCUGGUCCUAAAGCACAGAAAUCUCUAAGGAUUCCUUCAAGAACUACUUGAU